CAUGCCAGUGUUCAAUGCGCUUGUUUGCUUUUCGAGUAACCUUAUUAGCUACGCAAAAGUGCCCACAAGUAUGACGUGGGAAUGAAGUUAAAUGGUACGCUAGUAAAUCGGUCCCGCGCUCAAACAAAACAUGGCAUUCUCUGAAAAUCCCAUGAUAACUGCCAUACAAAUCCUAUGUUGGCUUCUUAUUCCUAUUCAUUGCCACAACUCUCGAGGUCCCACCAUCUCUAGCCAUUACAACCAUGUCCGCACGUGAAGAGCAAGCAGCGGACGGCAAUCGUCCUCAACAAAGACGAACCUUCACAUCAUCCAGCCGCAACCAGUCCAAUCUUCAACACCGCAACUCUAUGAAUUCCACUAGACCUGCUCGGCCAGAGAGACAGACCAGUUACGGAAGCUUCCAAACCCAGAAUGACAGUGAAGCGCCAAACAAUAACAACAAUGUUCCGAGCGCACAAGAAAGCAGGUGGGCUCAUGCCUAUGCCAACAGUCUCUCGAAGCAGCAGACGGAAAAGAAGACUGACAACCGCUUUUAUGUCGACAAUGACUAUUUCGACUUGAAUCCGUGGUACGAUGAGGAGCCGAAGAAGCCCGUUUUUGGAAUGGGUCGCCCGUUCCCACGGACCGUUCGCCCGGGUAUGCUGUGGGGUCGCAGCAGAGCUCAGGCGGCUAUGAAUGAGCAGGGCAAAGAAGAACAGGGCUCAGACUCUACUGCAAAUCGGCCCAUACUCCACAUUCCCAUGAAUGAGAAUGACGAGUCGCCCCCAGACGCAUUUGAUGCUGAGAUUGGGGGCAACUUUUACGAAGUGCAACGUAGGGAGUCUAAUGAACAAGGGAUCGAGGACGACAAGUUGUCAGCCGGCAUCGAUCGCGAAGAUCAUGCCCCGGAUAACAAUCAGGGCUUAAACCGUCUGCAGUCUCAAACACGUAAUCGGUAUAUCUCGGGUUACUCUGGGGGUCUUCCACCGGUCGACGAAACAGCUUCGCUGCAGUCUUAUGAAUCGUACCAGACGGAGGCAGAUAAGAAGCAAGCACGCCAGCAUGAUGAACAAGCUCUUCAGGAUUACUACAACAACUACCGGAAUCCUUUGGCCCGACUGCGAGCCAAGUAUCCAGAAGCACCUGCGGAGUUUCUAUGCACAAUGAUAUACGUAUUCUUCGGCAUUACAGGGAGUCUCUACUCCACGACAUACCCAGCUGCUCAGGGCGAUUAUGCAACUCAAGGGUGGGCCUGGGGGAUGGCAGUCAUGGCUGGCAUCUAUGUCGGAGGCGGAGUCUCAGGAGCGCACAUGUCACCGUGGAUCUCGGUGUGCUUCUCAGUCUUCCGCGGUUUCCCUUGGAAAAUGACAGCCGUCUAUUCGGCCGCACAGAUCCUCGGGGGCUUGGCUGCUGGAGGGCUGUCAUGGGCCAUCUACCGAGAUGGAAUCAUGAACGUUGAUCCACAACUCACGCCGACCAAAUCUGGGAUGGCCUUUUAUUCGACUCCACCAGACUAUGUAUCCUUGGCUACUGCUUUCUUCAACAAUUUUAUCUCUGCAGCGUUUUAUGUCUGCAUUGCGUUCGCCAUCGGUGAUGACGCCAAUACACCACCUGGAGCUGGCAUGACUGCCUUGAUCUACGGUUUAUUGACCUACCUUCUCACUAUCACAAUGGGCUACAACGGCCUUGGUAUUAGUCCAGCACGAGAUCUCGGUCCUCGCUUCGUCGCUUGGUGGGCUGGAUAUGGGUCCACCACCUUUUCCACGGGCUGGUGGGCAUACGGACCUAUUCUCGCCGGACUAUCCGGUAGUCUCGUUGGCGCGCUCGUCUACGAUGUUCUCAUCUUUGCAGGCGGUGAGAGUCCUGUCAAUUACACCUGGCCAACCACACAGGAUGUCAAGAAUCGGAUUCUGUCGCGAAAGGAUGAAGCGAAGCAAAAAGCACAAGAGGUGUCUGUCUGACUAUCGUUCGACGAUAAAGGAGGAAAACGGUAAUUGAUGAAGGUGUUAGUGUAUUAUUAUCUUUGGUUCAUUGUAAUUAGACAUCGCUAUAUCGGUGUUUUUGCAUCCAGGUUUAGCGAGUGUUCUCUCCUUCGAGUUUGGAGAUCACUUCGUCUUGGUGGGUUCGUAUGAUGCUCGUCUCGGCUUACGCUCUUCGGUAUACCCGGCUAUAACGAGACAAAUCAAGGCGUCCCCAAGCAAGAACGCUGCACUGUCCAAGAUCUUCUUCAUCUAUACGAUUGCGCGAAUAGUUCUGGUGUACUAUC